GCAGGGUCCUCCUGGUCCAUUGAUCGAGACUCGAAAAGCUGAAGGAGCUUUACCCCUGAAUCGCAAUCAAAAAAGCAGUCCUCCCAUCUUCUACAGCUCCCUCGACACCUCUCGCAUACACAUCAGACACAAUGGCAGCCGUAGCAGCAUCAGUCAUCCCGGCGCUCGACCAGCGUCCGGUCAAGAACACCAUCUGCCUGUUCGACGUCGAUGGCACCCUUACUCCUGCCCGUAGAACGGUUUCCCCCGAGAUGCUCGAACUCCUGUCGCAGCUCCGUCACAAGGUUGCCAUUGGCUUCGUUGGUGGCAGCGAUCUCGUCAAGCAACAAGAACAGCUCGGCACCGCUUCAGUCCCCGUCACCAGCCUCUUUGACUUCUGCUUCGCCGAGAAUGGUCUGACCGCAUACCGCAUGGGCGUACCGCUCGCAUCAUCCUCUUUCAUCAAGUGGAUCGGCGAGGAGCCCUACCAGAAGCUCGUCAAGUUCAUCUUGCACUACAUUGCCGACCUCGAGAUCCCCAAGAAGCGCGGUACCUUCAUCGAGUUCCGCAACGGCAUGAUCAACGUCAGCCCCAUCGGUCGUAACGCCAGCAUUGAGGAGCGUAACGAGUACGAGAAGUACGACCUCGAGCACGGCAUUCGCAAGAAGUUUGUCGAGGACAUCAGAGCCGCUUUCCCCGACCUUGGUCUUACCUACUCGAUUGGCGGUCAAAUCUCAUUCGACGUCUUCCCCAGAGGUUGGGACAAGACAUACUGCUUGCAGCACGUCGAGGCCGAGAAGCAGUUCGGCACCGAGUACACAACCAUCCACUUCUUCGGUGACAAGACAUACCAGGGCGGUAACGACUACGAGAUCUACGAGGACUCUCGUACCGUCGGCCACAGCGUCAAGAGCCCCGAGGACACAGCCGCUGAGCUCAAGAAGCUGUUCGACCUUUAAAUAUACCACACAUGAUUCGAAGAGCUCGAUUGUGAUGGCAGUUUAGGCCGAAGCUGGAAGGACGAGAAUACAAAAAGACAGUCGGAAGAGGUAUACCACAAAAUAUACAGGGAGCAUGGAGUAUUUCGGACAAUGAGGAGAGGCGCAGAGGGU